AUGGACGAAAAGAUCCUCGCAGCCUCGGCCAAAUAUCCAAUCGUCGCCGGCCAAAGGUACAGAUAUGGCACAGCAGGGUUCCGGAUGAAGGCCGAUUUGCUCGCUGGCGUUUCGUUUCGCGUGGGUUUGCUCGCCGGACUGCGCAGCCGCAAGCUCAAUGGCCAGGCCAUCGGGGUCAUGAUCACUGCCAGUCACAACCCUGCAGCUGACAACGGUAUCAAGAUCGUUGACCCCAUGGGCGAGAUGCUUGAGCAGGAGUGGGAGAGUUAUGCCACCCGACUGGUCAACUGUCGUACCGACCAGGAACUUUUGGAUACCUACAAGGCCAUGGCAACGCAGCUCAAGGUUGACAUGCACACCUCGGGUCGUGUCAUUUAUGGCCGUGAUACUCGCCCCUCUGGUCAUAGCCUCGUCUGCGCUCUAGCUGCUGCUUUAGAUGCGACCGACACAAAUCAUACAGACUACAAGAUUCUGACGACACCUCAGCUGCACUACCUGACCCGCUGCGUCAACACAGAAGGAACCCCCAAAGCAUACGGCGAAGCCAGUGAAGUUGGCUAUUACGAGAAGUUUGCCGAUGCCUUUGUCCGCGCUCUCAGAGGGAAGAAGAUCCGAGGCCAGCUCAUAGUGGAUUGUGCAAAUGGCGUUGGCGGACCUAAACUCUCGGAAAUGUUGAAAUUCAUCCCCAAGCACGUCUCCGGAUUUGACGUCAGGCUGGUCAACGAUGACGUCCUCCGACCCGAGGUGUUGAAUCUCGACUGCGGCGCCGACUUCGUCAAGACAAAGCAGAGAGCCCCUCUGAGCCCCAAGCCAGUGCCCGGGGUCCGUUGCUGCUCGUUUGAUGGCGAUGCUGACCGGUUGAUUUACUACUGGGUUGAUCCCGAGAUGGGGUUUGUCAUGUUGGACGGCGACCGAAUCUCUUCGCUCUGUGCCUCCUUCAUUGGGGAUCUCGUUCGCUCGGCCGGGCUGGCGGACGAGCUGCGAAUCGGCGUCGUGCAGACUGCCUAUGCCAACGGCGCGAGCACCACUUACAUUGAAAGGCAUCUUCAGCUACCCGUCGUCUUCACCAACACGGGAGUCAAGCAUCUGCAUCACGCGGCUUGUCAGUUCGACGUUGGCGUCUACUUUGAGGCCAAUGGCCACGGUACCGUUGUCUUCUCGCAGGAGGCCAUGCGCGCGUUUGUGGAAAAGGAACCGCAGUCGCCCGCUCAGAAGGCGGCCCUGGAAACCCUUGCCGCCGUCGGCGACCUGGUCAACCAAACAGUGGGCGACGCCAUCUCCGACAUGCUGAUGGUUGAGGUUGUCUUGGCUCACAAGGACUGGACCCUGAAGGACUGGGCCAUGACGUACACCGACCGGCCCAACCGCCUCGUCCGUGUCGAGGUCGGCAACAAGCACCUUUUCCAGGCGACGGACGCCGAGAGACGCCUCAGCCACCCGCCGGGCGCUCAGGACGAAAUCGACCAGGUUGUUCAAAAAUACACCACGGCCCGAUCGUUUGCUCGGGCGAGUGGCACAGAAAACGCCUGCCGCGUGUACGCCGAGGCAGCUACUCGAUCCGAAGCCGACGAGCUUGCAAACAAGGUGGCUCAGAUUGUCAAGCAGUUUGGAUCGUAG